AUGUUUUUAUUUUUCACAAUAAUCAAUCUUGUAUUUCUAACUCUGUUCCUAAUUUUGCGAUCACUAGAUCAACUUCCAUCACCGCCACCGUUCUUCACUUCUCCUUCGCCACCAAAGACAAAUAUAAUAAAAGACUGCAGCACUACAGACGACAUUCUCGCAAUCGAAUACAUAACCUUGAAUCCAGAUCCUCCCAUUCGAGGUCACGUGUUGAAUAUUAAAGCUGCCGGGAAUCUUAACGAGACAAUCGAUCAAGGAAGUUAUGUUGAUGUCUUGGUGCGCCUCGGAUUAGUACAAUUGUAUAAAGGAAAAUUGGAUUUCUGUAAAGAGAUCGAGCAAAAUUUUAAGCUAAAGUGUCCGUUGAAGAAAGGAAUGCAUAAAGUUGAUAGUGAUGUGAAUGUACCAAAGGAGAUUCCGAUGGGGAAAUACACUGUUGAUGCACAAGCAUAUACAAAAAAUGGUCGUAGAAUCGCUUGUUUGAAAGCAGAGACUGUAUUUAAACCUUAA